GCACUCAUGAGCCUUCCUUGUCACCCCGACCGCCCCUCUUCCUGUCUCUUUCCCCUUCUUUCCCCCAUCGUCCAGGAUGACGAGCGGAGGAGGAAAGACGUCCAAACCUUCUUCGCUUUGAGGAGCUGA